AUGUUCCUGCAGGGUCUGCCGGAGGAGGUGCAGGUUGAAGUGGUAAGGAGGGCGAAGAUUAGCCCUCAGAAGUUCGAGACUAUGAAGUUCGCAAGGGCCCGGGAGGCAGUUGAAGAAUAUCUGGAGGAAGUGGCUGGAUUAAAUUUAAUUCGGCAGGGUCGUGAAGGGAAGCAUGUGAACUUCGCAGAGGAAGUGUCAGCUGCGCAUAGCUUAGUAGUUGUGCAGCCAGAUGGGCGAGUCCCAGAUGAACAACGACAGCCAGAGGACAGAGAACCAGUGCCUACAGGGAAGCGGCAGGUGCCAAGAACAGCCCCGGGAACGAGACACCAGGAAACGCUAGAUGACCUGGCUGAACGGAUGAGGAAAAUGGAAAUCAGCCUCAUGGAGGUGAGACAGAACGACUUCCGAAGACAUGGGCUAAAUGACAUACCCAACCGACGGGGCUAUGUGCCAAUCGCGGGUGACCAAUGCCGGUUCUGUCUGGAAACGGGUCACACCAACAUACGGGGGACAUGUCCACGGUACCAAGCAUUGGCUGCCCAGGGUCUAUGCCAUAUUGCUGGAGAUGCCAAAGUCCGUUAUGGACCGAUUGGAGGAGCCGGAGAGGUGGUAAGGGUAAUUACCAAUGGUAAGAGCAUGAAGGAGUCCAUUGAGGAAUAUGGAAAGCAGCACCAGACUGGGAAUAGUGCAGUGGGUUAUGUACACAACAUGUUAAAAGAAACUGCGUACAUUGAGGAAGUGGAGGAGGAAGAUGAAGAAGGAUUUAUGGAAAGCUUUGUUGAAAUGGAGGUUAAUGCGCUGGUCAAUGCGGAAAAGAGAAAGAUAACCCCAGAGGGGCGUGCAGACCCUAAGCGACGUGCACUGGACGAUGUGGCUAGGAGGGAAGAAGAAAUUCCCAUCUUGAAGACAGUCCGUCCAGGAAGAUAUGAGGAAAUUGAUGAACCUGACGCAGAUGUGGAGAUGGAAGAUCGACCGGACUACCGAGUUAGGGAUGUGGAGGAAGGUUUGAGAAGAUCCUUUGGGGCCCCAAAAGCAAGAGUUCCCCAGAGGAAAGAUGCUCCGAAAGCUAAGCUUAACAAAUUGGCGGAUGAGCUGAAGAAUUCAACGGACAUUAAGGACAUACGGAAUCGGAUUCUGAACACCACGGUGACAUUGUCACUCCAGGAGCUGCUAGGGAUGUCUGAUGGGCUGCAUCGGAGCCUUUUCUCAGGAACCCGACAGCCGGUGACAACGUCUAUCGAAUUCAGCAAAGGAACAGACCCAGGGGUCGUUGCGCGAGUGGGAAACUUAGGGAUGAGAAGCCGCAAGGCGAACCAGAUGGAUUUGGAAGAAACGGGGUAUGAUGAUGAAGAACCUCCGUUAUAUGUCUGUGGAACUCUAGCGGCGUGGAUCCAGAUACUGGAGGAUCCACAAAGGGUUCAGGCAUUGCUGGAUGGAGGUGCGGAAAUCAAUGUGAUGCAAGCCUGGCUAGCGGAAAAACAUGCGCUGCCAGUCACUCUGCACGCCAAAGGAACGAUGAGAAGUGCCAACGGAGGUCUCACGCCGUUUGUUGGAAUCUGCGAGCGGGUUCCAGUACGGAUUGGGAGCUUCCAAUAUUAUGUCCCUUUCUUCAUUGUGGACACGCGUGGCGGACAUGCAGUGGUGCUGGGGAGGCCAUUUGAACACAUGAGCCGUAUGGCGCACACGAACACAGCGUCCGGGGCGGUCAUCACAACGAUUUAUUCAAUGGACAGGACGAAGGUCGCGAGAAUGAAGGUUUUCACCCCCGGAACGCGUAGGAUGGAGACCCGGAGGGACGUUUUCGAAGAUCGGAGGUUAAUUGGAGAGGAGCCGGGAAACUAGCCGCUGGGUUUGUACCGAGCCCAGGACCCAGCGGACAGAGGGGCUCAAGGCCAUCAUACCAAAGUAUGGCGGAUGUUAUGUCACGUGAUGUUGGAGAACGGACAUACAUGAGUAUUGCGGAGUUGGAGAAAAUGGCUCCAGUACGGGAAGUGCGGUUCCAGCCGGCCCUUUGCUGGGAUGGAAGUGGAAUAGAGCCACGGAUAAGCCGACGUGUGGACUUGGUGACACUGAGACAGCAGUAUUUGGUAAACACCAAAUACAAAAGGAAAGCAGAUAAGGUCCUGCCAGUAAACAAGCCCGAUCCAACAGGGGCGGCACCAGUUGGAAAUGGGGACUGGCGGUUGAAGGUUCUGAAGAAGUAUUAUUCGAACCAGUGGUCAAGAGUGGAGGAGGUCAAAGGGGAAUUUCAAAGGAGUGUCAUUCCCAAAAUAUCAGGGAUCGCGAGAGGGUCACGGUUGACACCGGAACGGGUGACACGAUUAAAAAUAGGGUUGAUAAAGCCAAAGGAGAGAGAGCUCCUCAUGGAGGUGUUAUAUGCGCGGGAAGCAGCACUAGCUUGGUCGUUCGCAGAGAUAGGGCAGGUGCGCGAAGAGGUCUGCCCACCAGUGGUGAUACGGACAGUUCCCCAUGAACCAUGGCAGGAGAAAGGAUUCCCCGUACCAAGGGCACUGAGGCCAAUUGCGGCAAAGAUGUGCCAGGAGAGGAUGGAAAACAGGGUUCUGGAGUAUGCGUUCAGCCCAUACUCAAAUAAGUGGUUCCUAGUGCCGAAAAACGCUGGACCGAAUGGGGAGAGGAGAUAUCGGUUGAUAAACAGCUGCACGAGGAUGAAUGGGGUCACAUUGAAAGAUGCCAAUAUUCCCCCUUCGGCAGAUGAUUUCGCGGAAGAGUACAGUGGCAUGGCGGCAACAUCAGUGAUAGACCUGUUCUCAGGGUAUGACCAGAUUCCGCUAGAUGCUCGUUCAAGGGAUAUGACGGCGUUCCAAUCGCCAUUGGGCCUAGUUCGGCAGAUGACCUUAACUCAAGGCUGGACAGGGGCGGUGCCAGUGUUUUGCAGAACUGCGGACAUAGUGACCACAGAUACUAAGGAUGAGGUGCAACUCCCACCAGAUCCAGGUGGAGAGCCACGAGUUUGGAAACCUAAGGUCCCAGGAC